AUGCAUCGAAUAAUUAAAAGCGACGAAAAGUUGGCGACAUCGAAUGCAACACACAAAAUUUUAAUAGAUCAGGAUUUAGUUGUCGAAGAUAUAAAAGUUUCGUGUCUUUUUGACGCCUUAAAAGAAGGUAUCAUCUCCAUGUGUGGCUUUCGUGGCCUUAAAAUUAAACCAUUUUCCCUUUUUCCAUUUGACCUUGAAUAA